AUGAAGAGGCAGACUUCCUCGGAGACGAGUGCGCUGCUCCCGAAGUCAGUCGGAAUGCACGUGUCACAUACUGUGCCGGAGUCCGGAAAGUACUCCGGAAACGUCGAUGUCAAAGCUUUGCGCUCGCUCAAAACACCACAGAGGCCCAGGAGUCUCCAUGGCUCACCGAUGAGACCUUCAACUUCCAAUUCUUCGGCAGAUCGCUUGCCUGAGCGCUCGAGCCCACCGCCAGUGGCUCAUAGCUCGGUUCCAGACAUACCGUGGUCAUCCAAAGUGCGCUACUACUUCCCCAUAUCGACCUGGCUGCCGUCUUACACGCCACAAAUACUGUUGUGUGAUCUCGUGGCCGGACUUUCGCUGGCCUCAUACCAGAUACCGCUCUCAAUGUCAUUUGCCUCGGCUAUCGCCCAUGUGCCGCCAAUUUGCGGGCUUGUCGGGUUAUCUGUUGCGCCCAUAGUGUACUCGUUGCUGGGAACCGUUCCCCAGAUGAUCGUGGGCCCAGAAGCCGCUACCUCGCUCGUCGUGGGACAAGCGAUCGAGAGUGUUCUCAAGCACUCAGAUGAUCCCUCUGCGGUUAAUCCAGUGGACUUGCUGAGCGUUAUAACGUUUGUCUCGGGGUGUACUUUACUGGGUUCGGGGUUGGCACGCUUCGGGUUCCUAGACAAUGUUCUGUGCGGUGCGCUUCUGCGAGGCUUCAUCACGGGAAUUGGAAUAGCAAUGGAGAUAAAUUCGGGUGUUGGAAUGCUUGGUCUCAACAAGGUAUUGGCAGGUUUGCCGUCGAAAGUUCACUUGCAUUCCUCCUACUCCAAGCUAUUGUUCCUGUUGGGAAACCUGACAAAAGCUCAUUAUCUCACGAUGGUAAUGGGACUCUCGUCUUUUGUUGCCAUCUUUGUUCUGAGAUAUUUCAAGAAGCUGUUAGUACACCACAAUAUCAAAAAGGCCGUUUUCUUCCCGGAGAUCCUGUUUGUGGUGAUUCUUUCCACCGUUGUGUGCACGGCUUUUGACCUAGAGAAAGAUGGAGUUGAGGUAGUGGGUAAAAUUCACCUGGGCGAUUUCCAUCUUCGUGUUCCUUUCAACGGAGAUAUUCAUGAGAUAUCGAACCAGCUGCUGAGCACCGGCGUAAUGGCUGCUGUGCUGGGGUUUUUCGAGUCUACAACUGCAGCCAAGGCCCUGGGCUCUAACACGGGCGUGCCGGUGUCUUCCAACCGUGAACUGGUAGCCCUCGGGGUUGUUGGACUCAGUGUUUCGAUGGUGGGAGCCCUUCCAUCUUUUGGUGGCUACGGAAGAUCCAAAAUGAACGCCAUGACUGGUGCAAAGACAUGUUUUUCGGGAGCCUUCAUGGGGCUAGUCACCAUCCUGGUGUCGCAUUUUUUGCUCAAUUACCUUGAGAAUCUUCCCAAUUGUGUGCUGAGUGCCAUAAUUGGUGUUGUGGGGAUUUCUUUACUGGAAGAAGCACCCAAGGACCUUGCGUUUCACUACAAAUCCCGUGGCUGGAACGAGCUGAUCACCUUUGCGGUUACUGCAUUUGCGUCCUUUUUCUACUCGGUGGACUUGGGAAUUGCGCUUGGUUGCGUGUAUUCCGUUAUUCGAGUGAUUAAGCAUUCCGCGCAGUCGCGCAUCCAAAUUCUGGCACGUGAGCAGGACUCCAACAUCUUUGUGAAUGCCGACGAGAGUCUCGAAUCUGAUGGUUAUAAGAUCACGAUUCCCGGUGUUCCCUCGCGGAGAGUCAAGAGAACUGAGCCUGGGUCCUUAUCCGUGAUAUCAAGUCCUUUGCAGAACAAUGCUUUGGAAGAGAUAGAGGGUUGUCUCAUAGUCAAAAUUCCAGAGCCUCUCACGUUUACCAAUGCUGCCGACCUGCAGACGCGCUUGAGACGAAUUGAGAUGUACGGUUCGACAAAAGCACAUCCUUCAAACCCACGUCAUAGACAGGAAACCAUGAACAGAAACAUCAUCUUUGAUCUCCACGGAAUGACGGGACUGGACUCUUCUGCUUCGCAGUUGUUGAAGGAGAUCAUUGAGAAUUACCAGAAAAAGGGCAAGAACGUAUUCUUCUGCAGGGUUCCUCAUUUUGCAGAGGUUAGAGAAAGACUUCAAAACUCUGGUAUCAAGGCGUUGAUUGAGGCCAGUUCGAGCUUCCUUUUUGGCAACAGCACCGACUGGGAGGAUUCGCCGUAUUAUGAGGACAUUCCUGAUGCCAUCAAGGCAGUUGAUGAUGUUGAGGCUGCAUCCGCAUUUUCAGACAUAACGAGUUUUAUGUCAACGUUUGCGUUUUGA